CUACCUCCCACUAUACAAAAAAUAAUAAAAGGAUACAACAAGUAUCUACGUCCAUUUUUUGAUAAUGGUCCUGUGUCAAUUGGAAUGAGUCUGGAUAUUGCAAGCAUUGAUACAAUAUCAGAAAUAAAUAUGGACUACACAGCAACUAUAUUUCUAAGACAGCGAUGGACUGAUGAGAGACUUUGUUUUGAUGGUAAUAAGAGUUUAAGCUUAGAUGGUCGGCUUGUGGAAAUGCUUUGGGUACCAGAUACCUUCAUAGUUGAUUCAAAAAAGUCUUUUCUUCAUGAUAUCACUGUUGAGAAUCGUCUUAUAAGAAUAUACCCUAAUGGAACAGUCUUGUAUGCUCUACGAAUCACUACAACUGUUGCAUGCAGCAUGGAUCUAACCAAAUAUCCAAUGGACAAGCAGACGUGUACUUUGCAACUGGAAAGCUGGGGUUAUAACAUCAAUGAUGUCACGUUUUACUGGACUAGAGGAAAUGAUUCAGUUCGAGGUUUGGACACACUCCGGCUGGCACAGUACACAGUAGAAGACCACUUCACCUCGGUAUCAGAAGCAGUGUAUGAGACAGGACGUUACCCAAAACUAGUGUUUCAUUUUGAACUCAAGAGAAACAUCUUGUACUUCAUACUAGAGACAUAUAUACCAUCAAUCCUACUGGUUGUGCUCUCCUGGGUAUCAUUUUGGAUAAGCCAGUCAUCAGUUCCAGCCAGAAUCUGCAUAGGUGUUACCACAGUCCUUACUAUGACAACACUGAUGAUGGGAGCCAGGACUUCACUUCCAAGUGCUAAUUGCUUUAUUAAGGCAAUUGAUGUGUACCUUGGUAUCUGCUUCAGUUUCAUCUUUGGAGCACUGUUAGAGUAUGCUGUGGCUCAUUUCUGCACCCUUCAUCGACUCAGUUCAAAGGAAAUUCCAAAGGAUGAGGAUGAAGAGGCUGAAGAAGAGAAUGGAGUCCUGGCAGCAGUCGCUAACAGUUGUGGUGCUCCUGAUAAUAAAAACAACUUUGAUUCAAACAAGAGCAACAAAACCAGCACCGACAGCAAAAGGGAGAGAAGUAAACACAGUGGGUGUAGUUCACCAAUGUCAGUAAUGAAAAGACUUUCCUGUAUCUUUGAUUGCUUCCGUGUUAAAAAUCCUUACCACAUAGACAACUAUGCCAGAUUUUCUUUCCCAUUGUCAUUCAUCAUAAUUAAUGUAUUUUAUUGGAUAUAUUAUUUGUAUUUCUAA